ACCAUUUUCAUGGUUACCUUGAAUUGUAAGUACGAACGUUUAUUAAUAGUAGGAGCAACUGGAGAACUAGGGAGUGCAACUGUUCAAGCUUCUUCAAACUCACCGUUUUGGAGAGACAAAAAGAUCUAUGCUACUUAUUUUCGUCAUGUACCAACGAAUACUCAUCCGUUGUUCUCUGUAGCAGUUUGGAACUUUUUGGAUCUCAACGACCACGAAAGUAUACGAAGACUGUUAUUAGAAAUUUCUCCCACAAGUGUUAUUUGUUGUAGUGUUCCAUCUCACCAAGGUGCGAGUUCCCAGUAUACAAAUUUCCUUCGACAAGGCAUAGUUGAAAACGUCGUUGCUUUGGCUGAGGCCUCCAAGAUGAUUGGUGCUCGAUUUAUAGCCGUUUCUACUGACCAAGUAUUUGAUGGCAAGUUGAAGAAUGGAAGAUAUAAGGAAGAUGAUCCUAUCCGUCCAACUAAUCCAUAUGCUUCUUGCAAAGCAGAAAUGGAAGAGCAGCUGUUGAGAUUAGGAGGAGAUAUUCUCAUUUGUCGUACGUCUCUGGUUCUAACUUUGGAGCCUCCCGGAAAAGCAGUUCGCUUUAUCCUCGAUGCACUUGAACCAGAGAGCAACAUCGAAAUCUUUACUGAUGAGUUACGAAACAUGAGUUUCUCAGAAGAUUUGGGGAGUGCUUUAUGUGAAGUUUCCGUUCCAGGUCAUCCUGCGCGGGGACUGUUGCACUUGUGUUCGGAUGAACCGGUCAGUCGUUAUGACUUGGCACUAAAACUGGCUCCUUAUUUUAGAAAGGAUGAAAAGAACAUCAAGACCGCAAGAAGUGCCGCUAGUAAACAGUUUCGGCCUUUGAAUCUCAGUUUGGAUAAUAGCAAAGCAAAGUCUUUGUUACGAACUGAAAUUCGUGGAAUAUCGAAGCGUCUCGCCCAACUACCUUAAAACUAACUUGUAGAGUGUUCACAGUGCAAAGAGUUUUCUGAAAACUUCUUUCCAAAGAGUUUUUUUAUAGCUGUCAUUUGCAAUUUUUGAACACUCUGACUCUGCACACUAUGUUUGUUUCAUGAAAGGGACUUGGCAAAAAGUGAAAUGCCUCAUUUCUGUUUGAUUUGUCUAUCCGUAUAAAUAAAUUGUAAGUGAAGUACAUACGGUAUUUUUUAGCGGCGUUUGGAAAAAAGUCUGCUAUUAAAAACUGCAUAACCAUUUCCACAACCUUCCAUCACACAAAAUUGGUACUUAGUUCAACCAGUCUCGAAUGACACGCCACUCACUCUAUGAAAGGUUAGAGACGAGAACAGGGAACUGAGAGACUGCUCUGAACUAUAUUCGGUAAUAUCAUGGAGAGCGUCAAGCCUUAUUCAUUCUACAAAAGUGGAUCUUCUAAAGUCUGCUCAGUAACCCUAUUUGUGUUGUAUAAUAAAAGCGUCAACUUCAUA